GAAGUGAGGCCUGAGCUUGAGCUAGGCGGGUUUUUCCUCGGCGACUCUAGUCGCUAGCUGUACUAGACAUGGACUGUUACACUGCGAACUGGAAUCCACUCGGGGACUCUGCCUUUUACCGGAAGUAUGAACUGUACAGCAUGGACUGGGACCUGAAGGAGGAACUCAAGGAUUGCCUGGUGGCUGCUGCCCCCUAUGGGGGACCCAUUGCUCUACUGAGGAACUGUUGGAGAAAAGAUAAAGCUGCCAGCGUGCGGCCAGUCCUGGAGAUCUACUCUGCAUCGGGCAUGCCGCUGGCUAGCCUGCUGUGGAAGAGUGGGCCUGUGGUGGCCCUCGGCUGGUCAGCUGAGGAGGAGCUGCUCUGUGUGCAAGAAGAUGGUGCAGUGCUAGUUUAUGGCCUUCAUGGAGACUUCCGGAGGCACUUCAGCAUGGGCAAUGAAGUGCUUCAGAACCGUGUCCUGGAUGCCCGGAUUUUUCACACUGAGUUUGGUUCUGGGGUGGCCAUCCUUACAGGAGCCUAUCGCUUUACUCUGAGUGCCAAUGUGGGUGACCUCAAACUCCGUCGGAUGCCAGAGGUGCCAGGUCUGCAGAGUGCACCCUCCUGUUGGACCACACUGUGCCAUGACCGAGUAACACACAUUCUGCUGGCUGUAGGGCCCGAUCUUUACCUUCUGGAUCAUGCUACCUGCUCUGCAGUGACACCUGCUGGCCUAGCCCCAGGAGUAAGCAGCUUCCUACAGAUGGCUGUAUCCUUCACAUACCGUUACCUGGCACUCUUCACAGACACGGGCUACAUCUGGAUGGGGACAGCAUCACUCAAGGAGAAGCUGUGUGAGUUCAACUGCAACAUCCGGGCUCCCCCGAAGCAGAUGGUCUGGUGUAGCCGUCCUCGAAGCAAGGAAAGGGCUGUUGUUGUGGCUUGGGAGAGGCGGCUGAUGGUGGUGGGCAAUGCGCCCGAAAGCAUUCAGUUUGUGCUAGACGAGGACUCCUACUUAGUGCCUGAGCUUGAUGGGGUCCGCAUCUUCUCCCGAAACACCCAUGAAUUCCUGCAUGAAGUCCCAGUGGCCAGUGAAGAGAUCUUCAAAAUUGCCUCAAUGGCCCCUGGAGCACUGCUGUUGGAGGCCCAGAAGGAAUAUGAGAAAGAGAGCCAGAAGGCAGACGAAUACCUGCGGGAGAUCCAGGAACUGGGGCAGCUGAUCCAGGCUGUGCAGCAGUGCAUUGAGGCUGCAGGACAUGAGCACCAGCCAGACAUGCAAAAGAGCCUCCUCAGGGCAGCUUCAUUUGGAAAGUGUUUCCUUGACAGAUUUCCACCUGACAGCUUCGUGCGCAUGUGUCAGGACCUUCGAGUGCUCAAUGCUAUUAGGGACUACCACAUCGGGAUCCCUCUCACCUACACCCAAUACAAGCAGCUCACUGUCCAGGUGCUGCUAGACAGGCUUGUGUUGCGGAGGCUUUAUCCCCUGGCUAUCCAGAUAUGCGAGUACCUGCGCCUUCCUGAAGUACAGGGUGUCAGCAGGAUCCUAGCCCACUGGGCCUGCUACAAGGUGCAGCAGAAGGAUGUCUCAGAUGAAGAUGUAGCACGGGCUAUUAAUCAGAAGCUGGGUGACACGCCUGGUGUUUCAUACUCUGACAUUGCUGCGAGGGCCUAUGGCUGUGGCCGCACUGAACUGGCCAUUAAGCUGCUGGAGUAUGAGCCACGGUCAGGGGAGCAGGUACCUCUUCUCCUAAAGAUGAAGAGGAGCAAACUCGCACUGAGCAAGGCCAUUGAGAGUGGAGACACUGACCUGGUGUUUACAGUGCUGCUGCACCUAAAGAAUGAACUCAAUCGAGGAGACUUUUUCAUGACUCUCCGGAACCAACCCAUGGCCCUGAGUCUGUAUCGACAGUUCUGUAAGCAUCAGGAGCUAGACACUCUGAAGGACCUUUACAAUCAAGACGACAAUCACCAGGAAUUGGGCAGCUUCCACAUCAGAGCCAGCUAUGCUGCUGAAGAGCGUAUUGAAGGGCGAGUGGCAGCUCUGCAGACAGCAGCUGAUGCCUUCUACAAGGCCAAGAAUGAAUUUGCUGCCAAGGCUACAGAGGAUCAAAUGAGGCUCCUGCGGCUACAGCGACGCCUAGAGGAUGAGCUAGGGGGCAGGUUCCUAGAUCUUUCUCUACAUGACACAGUCACCACUCUUAUCCUUGGAGGCCACAACAAGCGGGCAGAGCAACUGGCGCGUGACUUCCGCAUCCCUGACAAGAGGCUCUGGUGGUUAAAGCUGGCUGCCCUGGCAGAGCUGGAAGAUUGGGAGGAGCUGGAGAAGUUUUCCAAGAGCAAGAAAUCACCGAUUGGCUACCUGCCCUUUGUAGAGAUCUGCAUGAAACAGCAUAACAAACACGAGGCCAAGAAGUACACUUCCCGUGUGGGCCCUGAACAGAAGGUCAAGGCUUUGCUUCUUGUCGGGGAUGUGGCUCAGGCUGCAGAUGUGGCUAUUGAGCAUCGGAAUGAAACUGAACUGAGCCUCGUUUUGUCCCACUGCACUGGAGCUACAGAUGGGGCCAUAGCUGACAAGAUUCAGCGGGCCAGAGCACAAGUCCAGAAGAAGUGAAGAGCCUGUCCUUGAGGGACGAGUUAAAACCCAGGGAUGUCCAGAUGUUGUGUUCAGACUGGAACUGAAGUCAAGUCCUCUGCACCCGAAAACCUGAUUGGAGGAUGGAUGGGAAGCCGGUGGCCAUCCCAUUGUCAGGGUUGGAGGAAGUACCUUGGACAGCCCUGACUGUUGAACAGUAAGUGGCAAGCAGUUCUUGAGUGGUCCCUGAGCUUGAAAAAUGGGUUAGAAGAUCAUGAGAGUUAUGAACUGAAAACUCCUAAUCCCACCCUACUUAAGUCCUUCCCUCCAGUCAGCAAGAGAGUUGUGACUUUGUGCCUUGUGUCUGCAGCCUCGAGUGUACUCCAGCGCACUGCAGCACUCCCACCCGUCAGCGAGGUGAGCCCUGGUCGUCAUGGCUCCCAGCUUACUUGUUAGCAGGAAGAAACCAAAGUCUGCAGGGUGCUCCCCUCUUAGGCACGCCUAGUCCUAACUAUGUUUUUAAAAUCCCAGGACUUGGAAGGCUGGGAUAGGUGAGUUCAAGGCAAAUAUGACUACGAAGCAAGCCCCUAUCUUAAAGAUGGUUAAAGGCUGAAAUCUAGUACUUAGGACGGAGAGGUAGGAGGACUGCCACUAGCCUUGGCUAUAUCACAGAUUCCAAACUAGCUAGGGCUACGUAUCAAAACCUAGUCUCAAACAAAACAAAAACAAAAACCAAGGGAGCUGAAGAGAUGACUCAACAUUUAUGAGCACUGACUGCUCUUUUAGAGGACUUGGGUUCAGUUCCCAGCACCAAUACUGCAGGUCACACCUGCCUGUAACUCCACUUCUAAGGGACCUGACAAAAUACCAAUGUACAUAAAAUAAAUAAACCAAAAUAAACCGAACAACAACAGAAAAUGAGAGAUUCUGGGCUUAGUAUGGUUUAGCUUCCUUUGUUCC